GAUCCCUGGAGUGCCGGGAACAAGCCGUGUCUACCAAGGGAACGCUGAGGCUACAGCUGGAGAAGUCCCCAGAGGAGUGGAUGAAGAUGGAAUGGAGAGUGACACUGGCUGCAGGAUCCCAGAACCGCAUCCUGACAGCUGAGAAGAAUAAAAAUACCACCUACUCCAAGGGAUGGUUUUUUGGGAGAGUCAUUUUCCAGCUGGAGACCCUCUCCUUGGAGAUCAGCCCCGUUAGUGUGACCGACAGCGGGGUCUACAGGGCAGAGUUUGAGGACACCUCAGGUUUUGUUACCACCCUGUGUUUCCAGGUGUCGGUGUGGGAUCCCAUCACCCAGCCGAGCCUGGAGUCACACAUCCUGCACUGGGAGCAGGGAUGGUGCAACCUCUCACUGCUCUGCACCGUGUCCAGCACCAACAACGUCUCCUACAACUGGUCCUGUACUGGGAGUCCCCUGGGAGCGCUGGAACCCCAACCCUGGCUGCAGUUGCAGGUCCCUGAGGACACUGACCCCAUCAUCUGUCACUGCAACGUGAGCAACCCAGUGAGCUGGGGCACAGCCAGCACUGACGUGGUGGCACCGUGCCGUGCUGCGGCACCAGAAUCUCCUCCAGGGCACUCCCAGGAGAUGCUGACCGUCUAUGAGGAGGUGGGCAAAGCCCAAACCAGCCGAGACCACAAUGGGACCAGUGAGGCCACCAUGGAGGGAAACACCAUUUAUGCUGUUGUCUGCCCCAAAACACGGGGACCCAGCUGCCCUCAGGAGCCCCAAAGCUGCACCAUCUACUCCACAGUUCAUCCCACCAAGAAGUCUCCUUCUCUCAAGAGCAAAAAGUUGGACCCAGCUUUGAUUUCCACCUCCUAUGUAGAGGCUACGGGGCUUCCUAGACGUUGGUGUCCCCCCGUGCAGACCUUGCCCCCAGCUCCUGUCAGCCACCACCUCUCCUAG